AUGUCUCCAGUAUGGUUAUACGUACCAGCUAUCGGCGAAAUUCUUCAGCUCGUUCAGCUCACCCACGAAGAGCAUCCGUUCAUCGCUCUUACUACGGGAUCGUAUGUCGUUGUGGGGUAUCUAGCUCAUCACCUCCAAGUAUCACCUAUUUACUGCGAAAGGUCCUUCCAAGAGGCCCGGCCUUGGACUGGUCGGCUCACACAACUUGGGUGGCUGAUUAUUCCUGGAGAGAGGGAUACUACCCACCUUCAUGAGUUAUUCACAGCAACGUCAACCGGCGGCGCUCAUAUCAGCGCGAUAACCCCUACAUACUGUAGGGCCGACGCCAGAGGUGUCCCAAUGCCUACUUGGCUUCUCCAAGAGCUGUUGAACGCAUCAGUUGAAUUCUUCUAUGCUCCGUUUCCGGAUGGGUAUCCACCUCCCGCUCCCACCCCAGCACAACAACUCACGUACGAGGCGCUGCCUUUCGCUCAUUCAAGUGUUCUCGAUAAUACGCUCUCGGAUGUCUUCCUGACUCCCGCUUCUUUUGAACUCACACCCACGGAACUUCAAGAGCUCGAUUGUGGCUAUAACUACUGGGGGUUGUCCACUAUUGCCUCUCUCAAUGGUAUUGACGAUUCAGCCGGGCCCCUUUUGGAUGAAAUGGGUGAGGAUUUCACUGAGGAGCUGGCUCUCCAAGUUUUCCAUUCCGACCUACAAUGGAGAAAGUCUAGGAGUGGCGUAUGGACAACCUUGAACAGAAAGCAACGAGACGCCCUCACCCGCGCAAUGAAGAGGUCGCCUUGGUGGCGGGUCGUGAUGCUCACUAGGGCCCUGUUUGUCGCAGGUUUGUGGGUAGGAGAGCACCAAGCUCCGUUUAGGGUUUCUCAGACGGAAGUACGACAUCUGGUGACCAAUAACUUUCUCACCGCGCUUCACCUAGUUCACAAGACUUAUGAGGAGAUUCUGGAAGAACCAGUGAACAUCAAAUUCGCCAACGGAGAAACCAUUGCUGCAGGGUGGCCGGUGUUCCGUGUCAAUCUAGCUAAGGCCUUCGAUAAUUCAAAAGCAGAACUAAGGAAGGUGGUCAAAGGUGCAAUGUCACCAUACACCAGAUUCAUUGCCUCUUGGAAUGAGAUGAUCACGAGGAUCACUCACUUUGUGCUUCUUUUCAACUCGGGCAAAAGGGAUGAUGUGUAUCGGGCGAUUUCCGAGCUCAUCAAUGAACAAGUUUUCUUGGAGCUUGUUUGGGCAUCGCUCUUUCACCCAAUCAGCAAGUUAGCAGAUGGACAACAUAAGGGGCGGCUAGCAGAUCUCUUUCCAGAAGAAGUCUUUUCAAACUCCAACUGUCUGGCCCAGAAACCGGUGUGUAAUCUGAUGACAUUGCUCUAUCACUCGAUGGUUAUCAUCUUGAAAGAGAAACGCACAGGACAGAUCGACUACCAUGAACCAGAAGACAUGAACGAGAUUCUCAUGUCAGCUCUUGAAGACAUGUACGCCUAUCCGCAUUUGUUUCCGAUAUUCACGGAGGCAGUGAAGGCUCUCCCUUUCAUAAAGGCGAGCAAUGUCCUUCCCAUCGCCCCCAAGACAGGUCUUCCGAGAACCAUGACGGAAAGGAAUGGGAGGAAGAGAUUCAGGAAUAUGACGGACGUUGUGCCCAUCGAAAUCCAGCCAAUCGCUCUCUGCAAAGGAGGCUCAAACCGCGUUCCAAGCUCUCUGCAAAGGAGGCUCAAAUCGCGUUCCAGGCUCUCUGCAAAGGAGGCUCAAAUCGCGUUCCAGGCUCUCUGCAAAGGAGGCUCAAAUCGCGUUCCAGGCUCUCUGCAAAGGAGGCUCAAACCGCGUCUCAGGCUCUCCGCAGAGGAGGUUCAAACCGCGUCCCAAGCUCUCUGCAAAGGAGGCUCAAACCGCGUUCCAAGCUCUCUGCAAAGGAGGCUCAAAUCGUGUUCCAAGCUCUCUGCAAAGGAGGCUCAAAUCGCGUUCCAGGCUCUCUGCAAAGGAGGCUCAAACCGCGUCCCAGGCUCUCCGCAAAGGAGGCUCAAACCGCGUCCCAAGCUCUCUGCAAAGGAGGCUCAAACCGUGUUCCAAGCUCUCCGCAAAGAAGGCUCGAAUCGCGUUCCAAAAGGUCCUCCUUGGACUCAUAACGACAACAUACAUGUAAAGAGAGCAUCAAACGAAGCCCCAACUGGCGCAACUCAUAUCCCACGAAAGGAUAAUGUUUUAUUUGCUGACAUAUCGCCAGUCGCCAACUUACCAUAUCACAUUACUAAAACACAUCUCAUGGCAAGCACUCAUUCAAAUACUUCUUCAUGGGGCCCGAUGGAGGUUGACCGUGAUGAAUAUGAAGGGGAGGGGAUGCACUUAGAACCGAUGGACAUCUUUGAUGAAGGUGAUGUCAAUAUUGCGGGGAAUGACGCGCAACCGGAAUUAGUCUACAUGAUCGUCGAUGAUGACGAGGACGCGAUGGAGGUAUGCGACACUGCAACGUGGGACAGCGUUCAACCGGAAUUAGUCUACGUGAUCGUCGAUGAUGACGGGGACGCGAUGGAGGUAUGCGGCACUGCAACGUGGGACAGCGUUCAACCGGAAUUAGUCUACGUGAUCGUCGAUGAUGACGAGGACGCGAUGGAGGUAUGCGACACUGCAAUGCGGGACAGCGUUCAACCGGAAUCCAUGGUUGUUGAUCAAGUCGAUGGAGAUGUAGAGAUGUGCGAUCACUCGGAUGACAUGGAUAUCGACAUCUAA